CUCGCCUUUCAGUCGCUCUUAGUUGUCGGUGAGGCCGGCGGGGCGCAUCCCAUAAUACACUGGAAGAGAAAAUUAAAGCAACACAAUCAACGCUUCAGCUUAUUUACCUCCAGACGAUUACUUUUCUCCCUUGUGGAUAUAUUGCGCAUAAAAAUGCCUUCGGCAACAAAUGACACCAGGACUGUGAAGUCUGCCAGCCCAGACUUGGGAUCAGUGAACCAAAUCACAGCCAGCACCCAGCUGACUGGAACUCAAUCAGAGGCCAUGAAGCAAGUGCUGGUGGUUCUUGAAAAGAAAGUGCGCAAUAUGGAGAAGAGAAAGAGCAAGCUUGAUGACUAUCAGGCCAGGAACAGCAAAGGGGAACGUCUCAACCAGGACCAGCUGGAAGCCCUGUCUAAGUACCAGGAAGUAAUCCAUAACCUUGAGUUUGCACGGGAACUGCAUAAGUGCUUCUUGGCAUUGGGUCAAGAAAUCCAGAAUUGUGUUAAGAAAGUGGCACGUCGUGAGCAACUCCAGCGUGAAGAGGUGGAACAGAAAAGGCUGAAACGAGUUCUGGAGCUGCAGUUCCUUCUCGACCAACUUGGUGAUGAAAGCUUGUGGCAAGAGCUACUGCAAGGAGCCGGCGGACCUUCGCUGCUUACUGAGAGUGACCUUACUUCCCUGGAUGAGUUUUACAAGCUUGCGGGGCCUGAACGUGACCAAAACAUCAGGUUAACUGACCAGUAUCAAGAAGCAUCACAGCACUUAUGGGACAAGCCUGUGGCAGGAACAACAUAUAAAGCACUGAAUGAGAUGUUGGAGCGGGUUUUGCAGAGCGGCUACUUUGAUAGAGUGCAGUCUCAUCAGAAUGGAGUUUGCGCGGAGGAAGAGGAGCAGACAGCUGCAGUGGAAGUGUCUGAAGCAGAGGAGCACCCUUCCGACACGGAGGGUGAAAUGACAGAGUAUGCAGAGGUGAGACAAGUUGGUUAA